AUGGUUUCCAUUGCGCCGGUGCCUUUGCCUCGGGUAGUGUGCCGCGCCCCGGCCCCGCGGCUCGCGGGGCGCGAGGCACGGCGCGGUGCCACGCCGCGCGGUGCCACGGCACGGCGGCGGGACGAGGGUCCCAGACCUGCGCGGCUGCGGGACUUGGCAACGGUUGGCGCUCUCUCCCGUGCGCUGACUCCGAAGAGGCACAGGGGAAGGUGGCGCACGUGGGCAAGGCGGCUGGUGUGGCCUCUCACCAUUGGCGGAAGCCUUUUCUUGUGCCAGAAGGCAGCCGUCGCAGGUACCUUGGUGGCUCAUGCCGGCUCGGUCUCCUGGUUCCAGGCCAUCUUUCCGAUGAGCGAUGUGCUCUUGCUGCUGUUCGCCACCACCCUGGCGGUUCCACUCAUGGCGCGGCUACGCACUUCGCCCAUCGUGGGGUUCCUGCUCAUUGGCCUCGUUUUGGGCCCGACAGGCUUCAACCUGAUCAGUCACGUUGACGUGAGCCACCGGAUCGCAGAGUUUGGGAUCAUUUUCUUCCUCUUCGAGACGGGGCUCGAGCUGUCCGUGCGGAAGGUGAUUGCCAUGCGGAAUGAUGUCUUUGGUCUGGGCAUGGCCCAAUUCUUCCUCACGGGCGGCAUCAUCGCAGCCUCCGCGCGUUGGCUCUGCCCGAGGCUCCACCUGGGCGGAUGCAUUUUGAUGGGAGGCGGCUUAUCCUUGUCGAGCUCCGCCUUUGCGUUGCAACUGUUGCGAGACAAGCGUCAGCUGGGAACUCGCUUUGGGCGAGCGUCUUUGGGCGUGUUGCUCUUUCAGGAUAUGGCGGUGGUGCCUCUCUUGGUCUUGGCGCCUCUGUUGUCCAGCCACAUCUCUUCCAACUUCACGGUCGUCCUCUCGGAAGCCUUUGGCAAGGCUCUAUUGGCCUUGGGCAUCAUCGCGUUCACCGGCCACUUCAUCUUGCAGCCGCUCUUGGCCUACGUGAAGCGUUCCAACUCCUCCGAGGCCUUCCUGGCCGUGACGCUGGGCACGGUGCUCCUGUCCUCCAGCCUCACCCAGGCCCUCGGGCUGUCCGAGACACUGGGCGCCUUCGUCGGGGGCGUGCUGGUGGCGGAAACGGACUACAAGCAUCAGAUCGAGGCGGACAUCGCACCCUUUCGUGGGAUGCUGCUGGGCCUCUUCUUUGUCACCGUGGGCUUUUCCUUCGAUGUGCAGCUGAUCGCCAAUCAUUGGCUCACGGUGAUCCCGUUGCUCUUGGUGUUGCUCCUGGUCAAGACCUUGGUGGUGGUGGCGUUGAGCCGGCCCAGCAAGCUCUCCUUGGCCGCAUCCAUCCAGGCCUCGGCCCUGCUGGCACCGGGCGGCGAGUUCGCGCUGGUGCUCUUCCGCCUGGCCGAGCAGGUGGGAGUCUUGGACCCCCGCACGGUGAAUGUGCUCGUGACGACUACGGUCCUCUCCAUGUCGUUGACGCCUUUGCUCGCCACCUUCUCCGACGUUGGGGCACGGAGGCUCCGCGAGCGGCGAGGUCUCAAGACCGUGGAAGGGACCGAUGAGAUCGGCGCCGGAUGCUUGAAUCGACUCUCCAAAGACGACCGGGGCUUCGUCGUGAUCUGCGGCUACAACGUGGUAGGUCGCACCAUUUGUCGCCUCCUCGACAGCGAGGGCGAGGCCCAGUACGUUGUCUUCGAAGAUGACGUGAAGACAGCCCAGGAGGCCUUGCCAUGCGUCAACGCUCGGGCCGCCCAGUUCAAGCCGAACACGGCGGUCGGUCACGGCGUGGUGGUGGAGGAGGAAAAGCUCCCUGAAAUCAUGGUGACAGUGGAUGGCAUCGGACAUCAUGGUGACGAUUUCGGGGAGUGCCGCUUCUCACGAAGACUCCGUGAACCGUUCCGUCGCAUGGCGCCGUGCCCGCAGCAGAAGCGCCCGCAGCUUCGCGCCGUGACCGAAGCCCAGAGCCCAGGAUUCUCGGGGAAGAUCUCGUUUUCUCGGAACUUCUCGGACAUCGGUGUCCAGGGCCAGGAAGCUCCCUACAAGUAUUUGCAAUGGAUCUUGGCCGAGAACUGCGGCCAACCGCUGGCACAGCUGGCCACGGAGUUCGCCACGCUGCCGGAAGUGAUCUCCCGAGGGCUCCGUGGGGUCUUCAUGCUUUGGAGCCUCUACAUCCUGGGGAACUUCUUGGCGGUGGCCGUCAUGAGCAUCUUUCAAGUGGCGCCCCUGCAACGCCGCUGCUGGGGCUUCUUCCGGCAGAGCAGCUAUGACUAUAAGAGCUUGGUGGGUCCACUCUACUAUGUCCUCAUGGCUUUGUCCAUCGUCGUGGCAGCUGGGAUGACGUGGCGCUUCUUUGGCGAGGUGCACGCCUUCCGAAGCUUGCUCCUUCGGAAGAUGGAGAUUGGUGCGUGGCCGGACAUGGGGAUUGCCAGCGCUGACUUGCCACCACAAGGCUGCCUCUUCGUCAUGGGCCUCAGGUGGAUGGGCUAUCGCCAUUGCUUCGAUCUGCUCCUGUUGAUGACCUUCACGGGACUGGACGUGAUCCUCUUAACCGCCGAGGUUGGUUGGAUGUGUGUCCUGCAGUUCUUGGCAUGCUGCCGAUGCUUCUUCUGUAGCUUCUGGAAGGGCUGUUGCGGUAUUUGUGGCUACCUUUGCUGCAAUACUGUUGCCGGAGUCUGUUGCCUGCUGCCCCUGCUGGGUGUCAUUGGGUAUUUGCUCGUGGGAUUGCUAGCUGCCGCCAUCAGCGGGCUGUUGAGCUUGGCGCUCUUUGGCAUGGUCUUACUCUCCUUGUCUUGGGCCUUGCGCUUCUUGGCGUUCUUCUUCCGCUCUUGGGCAGGUCAAUGA